CUUGCAAAUUCCAAAUUCCAACCCUAGAGAAUAUAUUAAAUAUUGAUCAUUUUAUGAAAACUUCACCAUCUCAAAAAGUGACUUUUUUCUCCACAUGUGGACUUUAUUCUCCCCCUGCAUGUUAUUUCCCUCCCACCUGGCCCUGAUCCUCCCUGGAGUAAUGCAUACCUGUCACACCUGAGGAGCUGAGAGUUCCCAGCAGCCCUUGAAGGCAUCGCAGCAGCAGCAGCAGACAGUAGCAGCAGUGAUCCAGAGGUCUGGAGCAUGGAGGGCCGGGGAGGACUGUCUGACGAGGCGGUGGCUGCAGCCUGCCAGGAGGGAGACCCCAUCACCAAGGACUUCAUGAUGCAGCAGACGAUGCUGAGGGUCAAAGAUCCCAAAAGAUCUCUGGACUUCUACACCAGAAUCCUGGGAAUGACUUUACUCCAGAAAAUCGACUUCCCUAAGAUGCGCUUCACGCUCUACUUCCUGGGUUUCGAGGACAAGGCGGACAUCCCGUCCAACGUCAUCGACAGGACGGCGUGGACGUUCUCUCGCCGCGCCACCAUCGAGCUCACUCAUAACUGGGGCUCAGAGUCGGAUGAAGAUCUGUCGUACCACAACGGGAACAACGAGCCGAGAGGAUUCGGUCACAUCGGUAUCUCGGUGCCUGACGUCCACGCCGCCUGCAGAGUGUUCGAACAGCAAGGAGUGAAGUUUGUCAAGAAACCAGACUCAGGGAAGAUGAAGGACCUGGCCUUCAUCCAGGACCCUGACGGAUACUGGAUCGAGAUUUUAAGUCCCAACAAGAUGUACUCACUCAUGUCGCCUUGAGACAAAGAAGACUUUUAUUUUGAAAUCUUUUAUAAACUCAGUUAGACGUUUAUUCUGUUUCCUGUUUGUGCUCCAGGUGCUCCUUUAUUCAAAAAGAAGAAAUAAAUAAAAACAACAAACAGGAAGCAGUCGCGGUUUCUUCUU